AUGAUGCGUACUCAAUCUGAUGAGCAUGUCGCUACGCGUUCUUCAUCAGCCAACAAACAGCGACAACGAGUGCGAUUCCCCAAAGACAACGAUCCCACCACAAAACGAAUUCUGUAUCCUGCAGAUGAAAACGACGAUGGACAUGAUGAUUCGGAUGAGAAGGAAACAUCCGUUGUUAUUCCGACUCCUAGUGUGGUAAUUGUAGGACCUGAUGGAGAGGAGCCUGCCAGCGCCCCCAUCUCCACUGGGUCUCCUGGUGCAGACACAGACGACUACUUUUCUACGCAUCCCAACAAGAAGAAGUCGACGCUCAAAUCUCCCGGAACUCCUACCACGUAUUCUCCCAGUGUUCCGGCUGGACGGGCCCGAUCUGCCACCGGAGUAACCACACACACCCCACCUAAGGGCAGUUCUCUGUCGUCCACUACGUUGAUGAACACUCUGUUGAACUCGUCUGGAUUAGGCCAGUAUGAUACAGAGUCGGAGGAGGACGACGACGAAGAUGAAGAGGUGACAUUCACUGCGCGACCACGUCAACCCGCGCAACCUUCCAACAGUGAGGAAGCUGGUCCCUCCGAACAACCACAAUUCCGAAUCGACAAGGUCAAGUCCAUCAGUCUGAUGCGAGCUCGACAGUCACGUGCCAGAGAAGCGCAGGAAGAAGAGACAGUGGCCAGUACCGACGACGACGGUGUGGGAAAUAACGACAUGUUCAAGAUCGACGACGACGCUCGUUCAGUCUCCACGGACGAAUCUUCUGAUGACGAAAGUGAUGCCGAUCGAGCUGCACGAGCCGAUGCGCCUCUAAUCGAACGAGAACGAGCCUCUGCGGCCCAUGUUGACGCUUUUGCCCAGAAUUCUGAACGAGGUAGCAACAUGGCUGUUGGAGCGGCUAUCAUGGGAGGUCUAGCAAGCUUUGGCAGUAUGAGUGGAGGAGGCAUGGCUCCUGGAGCUGUUGACCGGUCUUCCGAGUCGUCCCAGACAUUGGACGAUCAAAGAGACCAACGAGACUCUCACCUUGCGCUUAGACGAGAAAACGCGCUUGGUAUGCACAGUCACAGUGCUCCAGGUUCUGAGGAUCAUACUCCUGGAGAUGCUUCUGGAAACGCUUCAGCUGGUAAUCAUGACGAUGGAGAAGACUCUUUGGCUGGUCACGAUAUCAACGACAUUCCUCUGGUUGCUCUGGAUCGUCGUUUGGAGGACAUCAAGGAGAAGCGGGCUGAGGACAAGGAGAAGCGGGCUGAGGAUAAUGAGAAAGAGCGACAGCACCAUCACCACAACCAUCACCACCAUCACAGCUCUGAAACAGGCCCCAACACUGGUGCUUCCUCUCCAUUCUCUGAGGAAGAGAAGGACAGGGAGGCUGAGGAGGCUGAGAUUCUGCGUGAUCAGGCUCGAGAUCUUGUUAACCAACACAAACAUGCUGUCCACACUCCCGACGCCGAAGACGAGGAUUACGAUCCGUUUACAGCACCCGCAGUUGAUUACUUUUCGUCGAUUCAUAUCCACGAUGAUGAUGAAGAUGAAGAUAACCACGGCAACUUCCUUACUUACGAUGCGGCAGAUGGUAGUGUGACUCCCACGCACGAGGAUUAUGUUGCUCCUCCCAAGAGGUUCAAGCAGGGUGUGCUUGGUGCCCUUCUAAAGCUCUAUAAUGAAGAAGAAGGCAACAAGAGUACUUCUACCUUGGCUACUACAGUUGGGGACGGCACUUCCACCGGCGACGUCUCCCCUAUGCUAUAUGGGUCUGAACCCACUACUCCCGGAGGCACUCCCAUUGACCACCCUACCAAGUCUAAAACCAAGACGACCCAGAAGCUAGGCUUGAAGAAGAAGAAGAAGGAGCUGCUCAAGAUCAUCGAGGACCAGCGAAAGGAGAAGGAGGAGAAUAAGAAGAGACCUAAAUGGUACGAUAAGUCUCGAUCCACCUCCCCCAGUCCCGGAGGAACACCUGCUCCUCACCACCAUCAUCACAUUCCUGGUCUUCAUCUUCACCACCAUACCAAGGGUCACCAAAGAUCUCACUCGGAGGGAUACUUGGACGAAAUGGAAACAGCAGCAGGGGGAGGAGGAGAUGGAGGUGAUAAGCCACCAGACAGGCCGAGAAGUCUUAGAAGUGAGGCUCUUCGACCUGUCAAGGAUAUCAAGAAGCUCAACAAGAUGGCCAAGAACACGGGCAAGAACUUCAAGAAGCGAGAACGAGAACUCAAACGACGACGACGACAGGAGGUCAAGAUCACAGUCCAUAUUGCCGAGCUGCUUCAGAGACAGCGGUUUAUUUUGCGAAUGUGCAGAGCUCUCAUGUUGUAUGGAGCUCCUACCCAUCGUCUGGAAGAGUACAUGAAGAUGACUUCUCGUAUCCUGGAGAUUGAUGGUCAGUUUCUGUACAUUCCUGGGUGUAUGAUUGUGUCUUUCGGUGAUGCCACGACCCAUACUUCCGAGAUGCAGCUGGUACGAUGUGUUCAAGGUGUCAACCUAUCCAAGUUGCAGGAUACACACGAGAUCUACAAGGAGGUGGUCCAUGACAUGAUUGGCGUGGAAGAGGCGUCCAACCGACUGGAUGAGAUUCUGCGGUCCAAGAACCUGUACCCUCCCUGGCUAUGUGUCAUCUUCUUCGCCUGUGGUACUGGUGUGGUGUCUCCUUAUGCCUUUCGUGGCCGCUGGGCUGAUAUCCCCAUGUGUAUCAUUCUUGGAUCUGUUGUUGGUUUCUUCCAGAUCAUUGUUGCUCCUCGGUCCGAUCUUUAUAACAACGUGUUUGAGGUUUCCAUGAGUAUUUUGAUUUCCUUCUUGGCUCGAGCCAUUGGUACCAUUUCUUCUGGCGGCUCUCACCCCUUCUGCUUUGCUGCCAUUGCCCAAGGCUCACUAGCCAUUAUUCUGCCGGGAUACAUUGUGCUGUGUGGCUCUCUGGAGUUGCAGAGUAAGAACAUCGUCGCCGGAUCUAUCCGUAUGUUCUACGCAGUCAUCUACUCGAUGUUCCUCGGGUUUGGAAUCACGCUGGGAGCCGUGGUCUACGGAUGGUGUGAUCACAAUGCCACCCGUCAAGACAAGUGUCCCCAGCAGCUGGACCCCCUCUGGCGAAUUCUCUUUGUGCCUCUCUACUCCUUUUUCAUUGCGCUGGUCAACCAAGCCCGUAUCACGCAGCUGCCCUCAAUGCUUCUUAUUUCAGGCGCAGGAUACACGGUCACGUACUUUGUGGGAGCCAACAUUCCCGAUCCAGAUAACUCGUCGUAUUUGACGUCUGCCAUUGGUGCCUUUACCAUUGGUAUUCUUGGAAACCUGUACUCUCGUCUGGGCCACGGUCUUGCGUUUGCUGCCAUGCUUCCCGGUAUCUUUGUGCAGGUGCCCUCUGGUGUCGCCUCUCAAGGAUCACUUGUGGCUGCCAUUGCCAACUCCAACCGUCUGAUUGGCAACAAGAACGUGACCACUACAAUCAGAGAGACCAUUGUCAACUCCGCCACAUCCACUGUGGUUACUAGAGUGCAGACGUCUCUACUCACGGAAACAAGUACUGCUGCCAUUGAACAGGCUACUCCUGGAGGAGCUGCUAAUCUUGGAUUUACCAUGAUUCAGGUCGCCAUUGGUAUCACUGUUGGUCUUUUUGCCGCCACUCUUUGUGUCUAUCCUUUCGGUAAGAAGCGGUCGGGUCUGUUUACUUUCUAA